CCAUCCAUAACAUUCCUCUGCACAUUACAUCUGUUAAACACAACCAUAACAGUGUGAAGAAUGGACCAGUUACUCUGUUUUCUGAUACUAGUCAUGUUCUGUCAUCUGCACAUUCCAUUCCUUCUCGAAGCUAAAGUUGCUGAUGGUUUCAGCAUCGAUCUUAUUCAUCGUGACUCUCCACUCUCUCCACUCUACAACCACUCUGCCACCCCUGGACAGCUCUCAAAAAACGACGCCAUUCGUUCCAUUGCUCGAGCCAACCACAUCCGUCCCUCUUCUGUACAAAAAACCAACAUCGACACCAGUGUAAUUCAGACUUCUGCUGGUUACCUAAUGAAGCUUUCCAUAGGAAGCCCACCGGUUGAAACCCUUGCCAUCUUCGAUACAGGAAGUGAUCUUGUAUGGAUACAAUGCAAACCUUGUGACACUUAUUGCUUCUAUCAAGAUCAACCCCUCUUUGAUCCAAUCCAAUCUUCUACUUAUACCAAGCUUCCUUGUGAAUCAAACAUUUGUCAACAUCAUAUUGACUACUUCAUUGAUACUGGAUGCGACGUCACGACUAAUGAAUGUGAAUAUAGUACUAGUUAUGCAGAUGAUUCACAUACAAAUGGAGUCCUGGCCUAUGAAACAUUCACUUUUGGUUCUAGGAUUGAAAAGGUUGCUACUUUUCCCAAUUUGUUAUUUGGAUGUGGUCACAACAAUACUGGAAUAUUUCCUAGCCAAGGCUCCGGAAUUAUUGGUUUUGGGCGCGGACCAUUCUCACUGGUUUCUCAAUUGGCUGCUCAGAUUGAGCAGAGAUUCUCCUACUGUUUGUUGCCAAAAACUAUGAAUUCAGCCAGUAAACUGAAAUUCGGAACUGAUGCGGCUUUGUCCGGAGAUGGAGUUGUUUCGACUCCAUUUGUAGCUAAGGAUGAUCUAGACACCUUCUACUAUCUCACUCUUGAAGGUGCAAGCGUGGGAGGCAAGAAGAUAGAGAUUUUACAGGGUCGUGAGGGUAAUAUCGUAAUUGACUCCGGGACAGAACUGACUAUGUUACAAGCAAGUUUCUACUAUGACGUUGAAGCUGCAGUGAAAGAGGCCAUUGGUCUUAACACAGUGCAAGAUCCAGAAGGAAACUAUUUGUUGUGCUAUGACAAAAAUGAUUUAAGUAGGGUUCCGGAGAUGAAAAUGGUAUUUCAUUUUACGGGUGCUAAUGUUACUUUGAAGAGAUCAAACAUGUUUGCAGAGUGGGAUGAAAUGAGUUGCUUGGCAAUGUUGCCUACAGAAGAUAUGUCCUUCUUUGGAAAUUAUGCUCAGAUCAACUUUCAAGUGGAAUAUGACCUUGCAAGGAAGCAGAUCUCAUUUGCUCCUGCAGAUUGCACUACUGUGUCUGCGUAUACAUCACUUGGUUUCUCUUUGCAUUCCUUUUUUCCUAUGUAUACCAUGUACCUAUUCCUCUUUUUAUAUAUGUAUAAUAGUUAAUAAAUUAAGUUUGAAUAAUGUUAUUAAGACUUAAUAGUUUAACGAGUAGAUUAGUUAAAAGUUUCUUAUUCUUUAAAUGCAUGUAUCGAAUCAGAUCGACUAACCUUCUUGAUUAGACUAUUACUAAAUUGAGAAAGAUUGGGGUUUGCUUGUUGUUUAAGUA